UCAGAUUCUGCUCCCCUGGAGCAAAUAGUCUCCGUAGACUGUAAAGCUGAAGGUUUAGAAGGCAGUGCAAGCGAGCUUGAAAGCAAUCUCCCGGGCAGGCCUGCAGCACCUGACUCCUGCUCAUCCCCUCGGUCUUCCUGUGGCAAAUGGUCCAGCGAAGGAGCCCAGAGCAACUCUGGACUGGAGUGAGAACGCUGUGAACGGAGAGCACCUGUGGCUGGAGACCAACGUCUCGGGAGACCUGUGCUACCUGGGCGAGGAGAACUGCCAAGUCCGAUUUGCAAAAUCUGCCCUCAGGAGGAAGUGUGCAGUCUGUAAAAUCGUGGUCCACACCGCCUGCAUCGAACAGCUAGAAAAGAUUAAUUUCAGAUGUAAACCAACAUUUCGAGAAGGGGGCUCCAGAUCACCAAGAGAAAAUUUUGUGCGUCAUCACUGGGUGCACAGGCGUCGGCAGGAGGGAAAGUGUAAGCAGUGUGGUAAGGGCUUUCAGCAGAAAUUCUCCUUCCACAGUAAAGAGAUUGUGGCUAUCAGCUGUUCCUGGUGCAAGCAGGCGUUUCACAAUAAGGUGACCUGCUUUAUGCUGCAUCAAAUUGAGGAACCCUGCUCCCUGGGAGCUCAUGCUGCUGUUAUUGUCCCGCCCACCUGGAUCAUUAAGGUGAAGAAACCUCAGAACUCGCUGAAGGCUUCCAAUCGUAAGAAGAAGAGAACGAGCUUUAAAAGAAAAGCCAGUAAAAGGGGAACUGAACAGGAAAACAAAGGUCGUCCUUUUGUGAUAAAACCUAUCUCUUCUCCUCUCAUGAAACCCUUGCUUGUGUUUGUGAACCCCAAGAGUGGAGGCAACCAGGGAACCAAAGUCCUGCAGAUGUUCAUGUGGUACCUGAAUCCACGGCAAGUCUUUGAUCUUUCUCAGGAAGGGCCGAAAGAUGCGUUGGAGUUGUAUAGGAAAGUACCAAAUCUGCGAAUUCUGGCCUGUGGUGGGGAUGGAACGGUGGGCUGGAUCCUUUCUAUUCUGGAUGAACUGCAGCUGAGCCCUCAGCCUCCGGUUGGAGUCCUUCCUCUGGGGACUGGGAACGACCUGGCUCGGACUCUCAACUGGGGAGGGGGCUACACUGAUGAACCUGUUUCCAAAAUCCUCUGUCAAGUAGAAGAUGGGACAAUUGUACAGCUAGAUCGCUGGAACCUCCAUGUGGAAAGAAACCCAGACUUGCCUCCAGAAGAGCUUGAAGAUGGCGUGUGUAAGCUUCCUCUGAAUGUUUUCAAUAAUUACUUCAGCCUUGGAUUUGAUGCCCACGUCACACUGGAGUUCCAUGAAUCCCGAGAGGCAAAUCCAGAGAAAUUCAACAGUCGUUUUCGAAAUAAAAUGUUCUAUGCAGGGGCAGCAUUUUCUGAUUUCCUACAGAGAAGCUCUAGAGAUCUAUCCAAACACGUUAAAGUUGUUUGUGAUGGAACAGAUCUCACCCCAAAGAUUCAGGAACUGAAGUUCCAGUGUAUAGUAUUUUUAAAUAUACCCAGAUAUUGUGCUGGCACAAUGCCCUGGGGGAACCCAGGGGAUCACCAUGAUUUUGAACCUCAGCGUCAUGAUGAUGGCUAUAUUGAAGUGAUUGGAUUCACCAUGGCCUCUUUGGCUGCCCUGCAAGUCGGGGGCCACGGGGAAAGGCUGCACCAGUGCCGGGAGGUCAUGCUGCUGACCUACAAAUCCAUCCCCAUGCAAGUGGAUGGGGAGCCCUGCAGGCUGGCCCCCGCUAUGAUCCGGAUCUCCUUGAGGAAUCAGGCCAACAUGGUGCAGAAGAGCAAGAGGAGAACGUCCAUGCCUUUACUCAAUGAUCCCCAGUCUAUCCCAGACCGCCUGAGGAUCCGCGUGAACAAAAUCAGUUUGCAAGACUAUGAAGGGUUCCACUAUGACAAAGAGAAACUCCGGGAAGCUUCCAUUCCUCUGGGUAUUCUAGUUGUGCGUGGAGACUGUGACUUGGAGACUUGCCGUAUGUACAUAGAUCGCCUGCAGGAGGACCUGCAAUCAGUUUCUUCUGGCUCCCACAGAGUUCAUUACCAGGACCAAGAAACCUCCUUCCCCAGGGCACUCUCAGCUCAGAGACUCUCCCCACGGUGGUGCUUUCUAGAUGCAACUUCUGCUGAUCGCUUUUAUCGAAUAGACAGAUCUCAGGAACAUUUGCACUUUGUGAUGGAGAUUUCUCAAGAUGAGGUUUUUAUUCUGGACCCAGACAUGGCCUUGUCACAGCAGGCAGGGACACCGCCAGGAAUGCCUGACCUGGUGGUGGAGCAAGCCUCAGGGAUGUCAGACUGGUGGAAUCCUUCGCUACGGAGACGCAUGCUGAGCGACAGCGGUCUGGGAAUGAUAACUCCGCGUUUCGAGGACUCCGAUAUGAAAGAUCUCAGCCACUCCCAUGCGCUACAGUCACCAGUCUCUUCAGAAGAUCACGCAAUUUUGCAGGCAGUAAUAACUGGUGAUCUUAUGAAGCUAAUAGAAAGCUAUAAAAAUGGAGGCAGUCUGCUAAUUCAGGGACCAGACCACUGUUCACUCCUUCACCACGCAGCUAAAACCGGCAACGGGGAAAUUGUGAAAUAUAUCCUUGAUCACGGACCUUCCGAGUUAUUGGAUAUGGCAGACAGCGAAACGGGUGAGACUGCACUGCACAAGGCUGCCUGCCAGCGGAACCGGGCCGUGUGCCAGCUUCUGGUGGACGCAGGAGCAUCUCUGAGAAAGACGGACUCCAAGGGUAAGACACCUCAAGACAGAGCUCAGCAGGCUGGGGACCCUGAUUUGGCUGCUUACCUAGAAAGCCGUCAGAACUAUAAGAUCAUUGGCCAUGAGGACCUGGAAACGACUGUUUGACCCUGGUAGAUGGGCAAAGAGAACCUGAGCGAGCAUAUCACCUGGGCCUCCCGGCGAUCGGGCAGCUCCCCUGGAAGAAGCUGAUGGAAUCCAUAAAUCUGUCUCGCUCCUGCAAGCAUCUGAGGCCAUGCCACCAGUUUUUAAGGGCUACCGAGAUGUACAACAGAACGGAAUAGCCCACAGAGGACGAGGCAGGAUACCUGGAGAUUGGUGGAAACUGAGUUCCACAAAAUUUGAUCUUUAUUGCUUCCAGCAAGUAGCAUGAACUUCUGUGUUCACCUGUAUCAUUUAUUUUAAAGAUUCAAAGGAUGUUCCUAUAAAUGGCACUGCUCCCUUCUCCCCUAUGCAUUCACCUUCCCCUGUACCGCACCAUUCUGCCUGUAACCACCCAGAAAAAAUUCGAUACAAUCUGUUCUCUUUACAUUCAGUCUUUGAAGACCACAAGACUGUCUGAAGGUCUUUUGAAACCCUCUGGUUGUCCUGCAGAAAUGUAACUGUCAAACUGCUUCCAUUUCCAAGACUAAAUAUACCAGGAUGACUUAGUGACGUUUUUUUGCAUGUCACCCCUCCCUGCUCAUUUCUUUUUCAUCAUCUGGGAGCUGGGAGUUGCCACAUGGAUAAUGUCAACUUGUGCAUUGUAUCGCUGAGGUAUGGUGAGGUGGCAUGGGAGUCUCCUGUUCUCAGGGGGACCUCAGAAAGGUAACCCAGGGGUUGGCCCCAUUGUGCGGGCCUGUUACUGAUGGCCACAAAGGCCAGGUUCAGCUUGGGCUGUUUGGACAGCUCCGUACUGCCCAGGUGUAGCCAUCUUUGCCUUUUGCUGCAAUAGAGGUGAGCAAUGGACUAAGCCAAGGCCCAUAGCUAGUCUGCAGAAGCACUUAACUUUAAGUGCUGUUUCAACUGCAGAGCAAAAAAAAAAACCACGUGUGGGAACUGUGGCUACAGGAAAUGGAGCUCGGUGCCAGCGUUCACUUCUAGGCUUUUUUGAGUGAUAAUGGAAAGCAGGCUAAUGGACUUGAAAUAAAACAGCAGAAGCAAAAGUAGCAACAUAUGUCAAAAUAACUCACUUAAGUAAGAAAACAGUCACUGGAACUUUGCACAGAGGCUAAUAAGUACAGGCUCUUGGGUACAGUGGUGAGAGGGGCCCAUUUAGGUUUUCCUUCUAAGUUUCUGGUUUUCAUUACCCCAAGUUCGCCCUAUGCCAAGGACAAAGCCUUGCUGUGUGAGUUUCACUGCCAGAUUUCCAGGAUGCGUGGCCCUUUCUGAUGGAUGCCUCCACCUACUCCUGGUCAGCUCCCAAGGUCAUACCUGAUAGCACUAUAGCCCCAUUUUACAUGUGCGGGGUAAUCUAUUAUUUUCUUCUGCUAGAAAAUUCUUAGUACAAACCUCUGUGGGAGUGCAGCCAGGAAUGUUUCUCUGGCAGUGGAAUGGUAGCUUCUAAUCCUGCCACAGAGCAGUUGAAACUUACAGGUACUUCUAUUAGGGACAUUGUGACAAUUACAAUAUUAGGAGACGAAGACUUCUAAUUUCUGGUGAAAAUGUCUACAGGACUUGGGUGUAAGUCAGAAAUGAAAGUGGGUGAUAGAGGGUUUUGCUU